GUGAAGAGAUGAGAGCAAAUAUAAACGCCUUCAAUCCGCCUGAGCGCACAGACUCGGGAGGAGGAGGAAGCUGCAACAUGUCAGACUCGCGGCUGACUGUAAAACCGACUCGUUUAUUUAGAGAUUAGCAACAUUUCUUUAAGAAAACAUAAAUCAGGACAUGUGUGCAGGAGCACAGUUCAGUGCGCCAAACGCAGGAUGAGAAGGAUGGAGACUUUUGGCUCCAGACCCGCACGCCAUCAGUCCGGAAGUUAACCAGGCAGAAGAGGGAAAACCUGGGAAGUUUUUGUGUUUGUUUUUUCUUAGAGUGACUAUUUUCCUCCUCUGCUCAGUCAUGCAGAGCAACAGCACCUCCUCCGGACCUCUCACCGGGCUGAGUGCGUGCGGAGGAGAGGAGGAGGAAAUAUCCGAGCUAGUCAGCCCGACAGGAGUCGGCUCCACUCUGCCAGCUUUUAAUCUUUCACUCAACUGCUGGCUGCAGAUCCUCUCCAAAGACUCAUCUCUGGAUCUGAAUGGAGACAGCUCCAACCUGCCAGUGAGAGUCCUCAUUGCCCUGGUCUACCUGGUGGUGUGUGUCCUGGGGCUUGUGGGUAACCUCCUGGCCCUCUUCCUGCUCCACUCCCGUCGUCGUGGACACCACCAUUCUGCCAUUGACUGCUUCGUCAUGAGCUUGACCAUCACAGACCUCCAGUUUGUCCUCACCCUGCCCUUCUGGGCUGUGGACACGGUGCUGGACUUCCGCUGGCCUUUCGGUCGUGUCAUGUGUAAGAUCGUUAGCUCGGUCACCACCAUGAACAUGUAUGCCAGCGUUUUCUUCCUCACCGCCAUGAGUGUGACUCGUUACCACUCGCUGAUUACGUCCCUGAAAAUGGGGAGCCCCAGGGUGGCCACUGCUCGGGCCAAGUGGGCCAGUUCAGCCAUUUGGGUGGUGUCACUGGUGGCCACGCUGCCUCAUGCUUUCUACUCCACCACCGUGCAGGUGUCUGCAGAUGAUGAACUGUGCUUAGUUCGGUUUUCAGACUCUGACUCGGGUCACUGGGAUCCCCAAGUCCUCCUGGGGCUCUACCAAACACAGAAGGUCCUGCUGGGGUUCGUAGUUCCCUUGAUAAUCAUUUCUGUCUGCUACCUCCUCCUGCUGAGGUUUAUCUUGAGUCGGCGCGUCGUUGGCAGCACGGUGGGUAGCGGCACCGAGAAGUCAGAGCACGAGAAAGGACGCCACCGCUCCCGCUCCAAGGUCACCCGCUCGGUCACCAUCGUGGUUCUAUCCUUCUUCAUCUGCUGGCUGCCAAACCAGGCCCUCACCCUGUGGGGGGUGCUGAUCAAGUUCGACUUGGUGCCCUUUAGCAAGGCCUUCUAUAACGCCCAGGCCUACGCCUUCCCCCUGACUGUGUGUCUGGCCCACGCUAACAGCUGUCUCAACCCGGUGCUCUACUGCCUGAUCCGUAGAGAGUACCGAGCCGGACUGAAGGAGCUUCUCCUAAGAGUUUCUCACGCCGUCCACAAUGUUUUCUCGUUGGCGCUGAGAGGGAGGAGAGUGGAGGAAGCUCCGCCCAGCUCCGCCAUAACACACAAAGACAUCAACAUGUGACUGGUUUCCCUGAAGUUGGACCUCUUUAGACAGGCUGUUCUCAUCAAUCUUUUAGGGCAGCAAAUAUAUAUUUAAAACAUACUGGUGAGGUAUAGAGGCUCAGAAGGUACUUUUUGUUUUGGGUCUUUUGGAGCAGCUGGCAUUGUUCCCAGCUUGUUUUAAACUGGUCUCAUGAAAUCGUUACUGGCAUUUCUUUUUUACUUUUAAAAUUUGUAGUUUUUUCACCAAUGAGAAGCAAGACCUGCCUUUAUUAUGAUUUAAUUAGCAAAUCAGAAUUAAUGGAGCCAACCUGGAUCUCAACAGAAGUCAUUUUCAUGACAUUUUUAUUCAUUUUACCGUAUUUUUCAUCUUUUAAUUAAUUGAAACGGUUGAGAGGAGAUACACAGAGUUUUUAUUAUACUGCGGUUAUCUCCACAUUUAACAUGUGAGGCUUCCAUGUGGGAUUCUGAGAUCUACGAUGGAGCUCCUUUGACUUUUUGAGAGCAAAGCGACCUCCACAGAGGAUUGGGGUUUCUCCAGAGGACUUCACAGAUAUGAAUAAGUCAUCUUCCUAGAAUUGAUGAGCCAGAUUGAAUGAUUGGGAAAGGAAAAAAAGAAAACCAACCAUACCACGUGCACUCUUCAUCUGUAUUAUUAUAAUAGCUUAUAACCUUUGUGGCAUAAAAUGAUCAGAACGUAAUAACGCUAAUAACCGUAGGUAAUGAGCUACUAUAUUCUAAUGACUGUGACACUAAUAAAGAAAACACAAAUGUUUGUACAACACAAAGCAAAGUUAAAUCCAUCACACUGGUGGUUUUUAAGUUGUUGAUCAACACAUUUGAAUCUUUCCCAAUUAAUUUCCCUCCACUUUAAGAACCAACACAGAUGGUAGCAGAGCAAUCGUUAUUUAAUCACAGAGCUUCAGUUUGAUCCAAAGCCUUUAAAUUAGCUUCAGGUCCCUUUUAAUACAAAAAAAUGAAAUGGUUGUAUCUCUUUGUUGUGGUUCAGAGAAAGCCAAAGACAGAUUGUUUUGUCACGUCACAACAAAUCAGCUAGAGGUCAUCUGGGUGCAAACUACCUCUAGAUUCAUUAAAAGUUCAGUUUCUUCCUUUGAGGCUGGGUUGUGUGAAGCAUUCACGAGCAGUCAGAGGGAAACCAGCUCAUAUCAGCACCUGUCAGGAUGUCACACUAACAUCUGCUCAGAUCUGGACCAACUCAAGAGUGAAUUUCCACCAAAUCAAUGCACAAAUUUAUUCAUUUAACCUCUAUUUAACCAGAUGAGUCGAUUGAGAACUCAGUCUCAUUUACGACGAUCUGGCCAAGAGGCAGCAGCAACAGACACAGUUAGCUUUGCAUCAAAGAAAAACAGGUAAGAUAAAAGCAAAAAAGAUAAAAAUAAGAUUAAGCAGACAUAAAGACAAAGGACUGUUCUCAUAUAUAAUAUGUACAAGCUAUCAAAACAGACUUAAAACCGCCUUUAAGUACUCAGAAGCACAUUGAUCAGAAACUAUUGAUUGCAAUGAAUUAUUGAAGGUAGAUAAUAAAAUGUAGGUAGUGAGCUUCAGUGAUUUUUGCAGCUCAUCCCAGUUGUUGGAAGCAAACUGGAAUGAGGUGCGGUGCGGCCAAAGGAGGUGCGAGCUUUGGGAAUAACCAUAGAGAUUAAGUUACUGGGACGCAAAUUGUGCUGGUUGUUGGAAGUGAUGAGUAAUGAGUGAAGAUAUGACGGUAUUCUACUGAUGACUGUUUUGUAUUUGAACUGAUACCAGUGUAACAACCUGUGGGAAUGGAGUGAUGGACAGUUAACGAGUGAGUACAGAUCACAAUGAGGAGCAGUGAAAGGGGCACCAGUGACAAAACGGAUUGCUGAGUGAUAAAUGAGUUUAUGAAGAAGUUUUUUGGAAGCAGUCCUAAAAAUGAUGUCACGGUAAUCUAAGAUGGGAAGGGUUGUCAAUUUGACCAAGGUUUGCUUUGCAGAAUGAGCAUAGAAAUGUUGUAUAGAAACCCAAUUCUUGACUUGACUUUAGAAAGUAAUGAAUUCAUGUGAAUGUCAAAAGAAAGUGUGCUGACAAGCCAGAUACCCAAAAACUUAUGAGAACUAACAAGUUUUAGUUCUGUACCAUCCAGGGAAACAACACUAGGGUGGAAAGCGGAUUGCGGUAAGUUACGGUUGAAGAUCAUGAAAUUUGUUUAGCUUGUAUUUAAAUGAAGAUGAAGGCUGGAGAAGGCAUGUUGAAGACAAUUAAAUUUGAACUGCAAGGAGGACAAAGCUGCAUUCAAGGAAGAACUGUGUGGAUACAAAAUGGUGUCUGCAUAUAAACAUGGGAACUGUCAACAACAUGAACAAUGUUAUUAAUAUUGAUUUUGAAUAAGGUUGGGCCCAGUAUCAACACUUGAGGAACGCCCAUAGAUAGAGGUAGAGGAGCACACUGGUAACCCUCUGUUCUCACUGUUUGUGUACAGCCUAAGGUAUAACUCCUAAACCAUGCCACUGAUGCCUGAGAAAGUUCUAGAUGUUUGUGCCUGCUAAGUAAAGCUUGGUUUAUGCUUGACGCAUUCGCUUCCCGCUUGGUGUUGCGGCUCGCGGAUGGAACGCGCUUCACAACUCGCAGCGUUUAUGGUUCGUGCGGCUCGUCUCUGCGGUGAGCCAGUAUUCUCCCAAACUGUAGGGGGCAGCAUGGAGCUCUACGGCAUGCACCCAAGACUACACCAUAGUAGAAGUAAAAACUGUUGUUUACAACACGGCAUUCCAACAUUUUUAACAGCGUCCUCGUCUUUUCCGACAGUGCGAGCUAUUCCUCUCCAAGAAUUAUUAACAACAUGUUGAUCACGGUGAUCUUUGAGAGCUGAAUCAUACAAAUGUCUGUAUUUACGAACUUCUGCCAUACUAGUUCUUGCCAGUCCACCAUGUUUUUCCGCGUCCGACCGUCCGCGUGGUUAGAAAAUUUCCUAGGUGCGCGUUGCGGAAAUUUUGGGCCGUGCGGAGGCGUGGUGGAGGGGCGUGGUUGUUCAGAUGACGCAAAAUGAUGCAACUUUUCCACGCGGAGCCGUGCGGACCUCGUGGACGCGUCAAGCAUAAACCAACCUUAAGAUGUUAUGACCCACAGAGUCAAAGGCAUUAGCCAAGUCAGCAAACACAGCCACACAAUAUUCCUUAUUGUUAGUGGUUAUUAUAGGUCAUUCACUAAAAUUUCCUACUACUGAGCUCAAAAUAAAUUGUUCUGUCUCUCAAUAAUGAUUUUUUCCCUCUGUAAUCAGUGUCAUAAAAAGCAGCAAUCCCUCAUUUUUACUGCCCUGGUAAUUUGCUUUGGCAUCAGAUCAUUAGGAAUAAUAACUGGUUGCUAAUUUACUGCAGGACAUGCAUUACUCAGUAGUUUCUAUGCAUGUGAUGCUAUUUGGUAGAAAAAAUACCAAAAAUGUGUUGAAACAUUUAAAGAAGUUGUUUCUAAUGGUUGUAAAUUAACCCUGAAUAGUUUCUGAUGUGGGUGAAACACUGACUAUCAACAAAGUGAUGAUAAACACACAAACACAAGAUCCUGCACAGAACAACUAGUUUUGCCAGUUAUUUUUACCUAACAUCAGAUUUAUUUCAUCCCACAGUUACACUCGAAGACUUGUCUGAUGAAGACAAACCUGUUCGUUUUUUGUGUUUCCUACAAAGAUGAUGACCAAAAACGACCAAAGCCCAAUAAAAUCAGCUGGAUUUGAGUGAAUCUGUGAUAUAGUUUCCUGUUACUGUUACGCGAUGUGGAAUUAGUUUGACCCAUAUAGUAAUUUGUGCACACUGCACCUCAUCUAGACGACUGUGUUUAAUAUUCAACACACUCUUGAGCAGAAAAACAACUCUUGGGAAAUUUUCCAUCCUGUGUUUGAUGCUGUCAGUCAGCCUCUUGCUCUGUCGUAUCGCUGCGAACGGCUCUGUGAAUCUGUGUAGGUCCUGUGGUAUCAAAUAAAACAGAAAGGACAAAAGCGUUCACCAGCGUCUCAGGGAUAGUUAACCACUCCUGCAAUCACAACUGCUGGUUGACGAGCCAGUUGCACAAAAGCUGUUCCACAUUUUGCCCUUUUGUAACCUUUAAAAUUUGACCCGCAGAUGAGUGUAGAUGUGUAAACGGCGCCCACACUCCACCACACCUCCUCCAUUGUGUGCCAAUCUGGCACUUUAGGUUAUUCUAUUUUCUCCGAUGUUGCUAAGAAGCCAGCAGGUCUCCAAGGAAACCUUCAUCUUUACAGAUGGAUUACAAUCAAAAAUGAGAUUUAAGCUCAAAAGUGUAAAAUCUGGACCAGUUUCUGCAAAACACUGCUAUCUCUGUAUUGCAUUUGCUGAUUUAAAGUGGAAAAAAUGGAGAUUUUUUCACCCUUUUAGAGGUUUUUAUACAUGGGAGGAAACAUCUGACUGGUGCAAGAGCACUUUCGUGUGCACCAAGUGCACUAAGAGAUGAAAUGCACUUGAGGAAAUCCUAUUGAGUGGUUUCAUUUGUGUCUAUAUUGGGCCAGCAUGGAUCCCAGUUUAAAACAAUUACAGGCUCAAGGUGUUUAUUUAUCAGAAGGACACGAUUAACUGGGAUGAGCGUGACUAGCAAAAUGGGUCAAUGUCAGCUGCAGAAGCAAGAAUAUAUGUAUAAACUUUGAAAAACAUCAGAGCAGCUAGUUUUGCAAUGCAGGGUAUGUGAAUCUGCACCAACACAGAGCUCAAACAGGGACCUCGAGUGCACACGGUUUCCAACAUCCUCUGCACAGACGGAGAGUCUGUGUGAAAUCAGUUUCAUCUGCAGCCAAAUCAGCAGAGAAACACUUCUCUGAGUGUGCAGAGGCACGACGAAGCUGGGGAGAUGAAGACAGAGAGAGUCUCCAUCAUAUGUUAAUGUGCAGCAAAGCACAACCGGGAACUCUGAAAGAAAAUAACACAACUCAGCAAGUAAUUACUGAUGUGUUUAAAAGACCCAGCUCUGCAGCAGAACAGUACAGUUGAACUCUCAAUUGGCUGCAAGCCUUUGUUCAAAGAUUUGAGGGCUAUUCUGUAAAAAGAGGAGGUCAAGAGCGGCCCUGAAGCAGCCCCAGUCAGAAGUGACAGUUACAUUAGUCUGCAGAGUGCCCAAAAAGACCCACGAAACUCAUAAACAGCUAUUAGACUCAAAAAAACAGGCAGUCGAGUCAAAACUGUUUAAAAACAGACGAGAGAAGAGCACAAACCAAAUCCUGCAAAACAAAAAAUAAGGAAAAAUAGUUCAGAAAGACACAAAAGAACAUUGACGAGCAUCAAAUACGAAGAUGAACAAAACAACUGCAAAGAGAUGAAAAAGACCACAAAUAAGCAGCAAAUAACGACAGAAGCACAAAAUGACAAUCAGCUUCUGCAAACAACCACAAAGAGACACAAACCCAGAGACAGGCACAGAACAACCUGAAGGAGACGCAAACAGCUGCAGGGCAACACAACCACAUUCCUUCUUGUCUGUCACUGCUGCAGCUUUCCUGAACGUUUACUGGAGGAAGGAGGCCUGAUUUCGGAUCAGACUUGACUAACAACAGCGUUAUCUCACUGUCUGGAUCAGAGUUAAAUUACAGGAUCGGAUAAAAGUAAAAAAAAAAAAGAAAAGGAUUUUUGACGCUUGAAGCUGAAAAUGACCCACUCGCAUAUUGUGUCGCUCUAGUAAAUAUUAUGCGACAGCAGAAGCAGGAAGAAUGUGACUGUUUGCAACCGAGGAACUACACAAUGAUGACAAAUUUCUUAAAAGUGUGCAGCGUCGUCAUCUUCUGAGAACAAAGCUCCAGAUGAAGAUAAAAACCCAUCUGGUCCUAAUUCGCUGCUGAAACUUCUAAUUUCAGUCAAGGCAAAGAUCCAGUCUGGCACUAAAGCUCGUUUUAGAAUCACUUCAUCUUUUUAUGACUAAAUGACCCUUAAAGAUGGUUUCUAUACCUCUGACACUGCAGCUCAGACAUCUGAGCUCUCGGGAUCAAAUCAGAUAAACUGCGCCUGAUAUGGAGCACAGUGAGGGUGUGAAUCCUCCCAUUGUUUCCUCUCUGAUUGCAGCAGUUUGGAGAUUGAUCCAAAACACCCUGCGUUCAUCUGAAAGACACGUGAUUCAUUCAUUCAGCUUAGGGCUUUUUCCUGAAUGCUGCUUUAGUGAAAGAUAAAGAGGAAAGGAAGGGUUCUUAAACUUGCUGGCAAAACAUCUGUUUGAAGAGAUGAUUUAAAACAUUCAUGAAUUAAAAAAAAACAGUCAUUUAGUUUGCUAAAUAGGUCUUUCCUGGUUUUUGGGGUGUCUCUUUACCAAACCCCUGAUAGCCUCAACAGUCCUCCUGGGGGGUUUGCUUGGGCUUACAAAAUGCUGAAAACAGACUCUGAGCUCCCGUGUCUUGCGGUGACAGCCUGCUUUGUGGUGUUAUGACCUUACUGUUUUCAUCAUUCUCACUCACCUUAAAAGCGUGGCAGUAAUGACAGUAACUCUUUUGCACAAAGCCCGAGCCACCACCCAGCACCCGUCUCUUCAGUGAGGCGGGUGUUACAUGUUUAAUGAGCUGUGCUUGCUUUUUUUCCCAGACAGAGCUCUUUGAGUUGGAUUCUCGUUUCCUGAGAAACAAAAACAGCUUUGAUAAACUUUUACCUGCGUUUUUCCAGCUCCAGUCACACACU